AUGGAGGCUCGUGCAAUAUCAGAGAAAAUGUCCACCGGUUCUCUCUUCCUCAGGGUGAUUGGUGUCGGCGAGGCCAGAAUUGGCAUGAUAUGGUUCAUGCUAGCUAUUUUUCUCGGCUUCAUAGCUAAUAUCGUUGUCCUCGUCGGUUGUGCCUCGCCUGAUACGCAAUCAGUCUACCUCUUCAGUGUCGGAAGUGCGGAGCUUGUCAAUGCAACCGCCAAUGUGACUGGUGUUUCGCCGAAUAAGCUACAAACGUUUGAGCUUCCAGAGUACUGGUACUGGGGCCUCUCAGGCGUGUGCAUGAAUGUCAAGACCAGGAAUCUAUUUGACGUCGAGGAGAAAGUCAUCUGCAAACAGAGCUUCCCACCCGUGUUCACCGUUGAAGACAUGAUCUCUUUUGCCGUCGAAGCACAUCUCGGAGACAACAAGAACACCUCGGUCAAAGCCAAGAUGAUGCAACCUUGGACGAAUGCACUUGCAAAAAUCCAAGACGAUCUUGUCGAACCGUCCCGUCCCAGAGACCUCAUGAGAGCUGCAGCUGCCUUUUGUGUUCUUUCUACCAUCCUUGCUUCUAUCAUUUUAAUCCUCACCGCAUUGUACCUUACCAUUCUACGCGACUUUCUUAGACGUUGGAUGCUUUAUGCCCUCGCCUUGCUUGACGCACUGUUAUUCACUGGUUCAGGUGUCAUGAUCGGCUAUGCUAUGCGUGAAGGUCCAAGAGGGAUUAUCGAACUUUCUGGUCUACCUCAAGGACAUGUGUAUGGAGCUGGCAAUACCGCCUUUACCUUGGGUGCUCUGGUCAAGUAUCUUGCUAUGGAGAUAUUCUUGUUUCUCUUUUUUCUUGGACUGUUUCUGGUUCUUUGGCUUAUUUACUGCUGUUUGCUUUGUUGCGUGGAUGAUAGAGAAAGGGUCAAGGUCAAGGUCCAAGUUAUCAACAGGUACUUGCCUGCGCAAGGUUGA